CAGGCUUUCUAUUUAUGCUGGUGCCGCCCUACCACGGUAUCUGUCCUGUUGCUGCACAGUCGUAACCUUAAAUGGACACCGCCGCAGCACCAUCGUUCACGGAAGAGCUUUCCCAAGAAGAUGAGCAAAAGCUUCUGGCCAAUCCUAUACUUCAGGGGGUGCUGCCCUUACAUGAGACAUCGGACAUGGUACUUGUCGUCCGCCUCCGCCGUAUCAUCCAGGGCGACGAAAAGGGAUUAGCACGGGUCAUUAUGAAGCACUAUCGCUUCUGGUACCACGGGACGAUGCAUGAGACCAGUCAGGUAUUUUGGACCGAAAACCAUAUUAUCAUGUCUCAAUCUUCAGAGUUGCUUCUUCGAGAGUUCCUCGGUCUCCCGAUUCCAUCCGUUCUCCUGAACCGGCUCGAUGCCUUCUUGGACUUAAAGCUCUCCAUAGGUUUGGCAGAGUUUCUCUCGCCCGUGUACUACCCUUUUACCAUAGCCAGCCUCCUCAACCUCGUAGACUACACCCAUUCCGAGACAUUUCGCGCCAAAAGUCAGCAGCUUCUUGACAAAAUGUCCUACCAAAUCCUCUCUAUAUGCCUGCCUGAUGGCUCCUUCGUGUCCCCCUCGGGACGCUCCUACGCCCGGCACCGGCGCGCCACCCGCGGGCACCACCUCUCUUUCUUCAUCGACUACAUUACUACACGCAAACACAUCCCAUCCCCCCCCGACGCCCCAGAGAGCGCGCUGCGAGAGGCCGUCAAGGACACCUCGUAUUUACCGUCCGAAUGGGUGUACUCGAAUUUUAGAUCUCCUGUUACGGACACCCAGAUCCCCUUGUCGCCGACUUGGACCGAGCUCUCGGCCUUUCUGGACGCGCGUCGAACAGAGGAAGGUCCCGGAGGAAAGGGGCUGGAGGCAAUGCCAUUGGAUGAACGUGUGAGCGCCAUGUGGAGCCACGGAGGUUAUUUCCAUCCAGAAGCCGUCGAGGCUAUCGUCCAAUUUAUGGACCAAGAACAUUUGUGGGGGCACCCGCAUUUCGCAGCGGCGGCGCCUGCGCGGCAAGUUCUCGGCAUUUGCUGCUCUACCUGUGCCUUUGGUGGUUGUUUGACCUGCCUGGCCCGGUCUUGCCUGAUCAAGCCCUUUGUCAUGGGAGCUUUGCUCACAGGGGCGCGUGUGCAGGUAUACAAGGAGGGGAAUGUCCUCCUCUCUUCCUUAGUGGGCGGGUACAACGCAGGCUUGCCUGCCUUCCAGCAAUGGCCAUGGGCUGUAAAUUUGGCCGGUAUCCCUAUCUGGUGCACCUUUGGACCGGUGGCAGCGGGCGCCAUAGGGCGACACUUAGGCAACAGCCACGCAGGCGCCGAAAUGAGCACUGCGCGCGUGACUCCCUCCAUGAGUCAGGAGAAAAACGUCCUGCACGCGCACUACGUCUCUGCGUCGGGCAUCCUCGCCCUGUGGAACCGGUCGGUGCGACCGCGCGUCCGUUGGCCGGAAGAGGAAUUGGAUUGGUGA